CGUAUCGCCAAGGGCGUUUAGGAAGAGCAAUAGAUGUAGGGUAAGCACAAUGAGACUGAGGUUUGAAUAAAUAGGCUAGGAUAUUGCGCUUCGUCUUCGUUAUCUCCUUCUGGGUUUUCGUCAGCGCUGCUAGCAUGCUCCUGGAAAACGCAUUGCUCUGGAACAAGAAAUUCUCUGUGGUUCCAUGCAUACGGUUCGCUACGUACUACGUAUAACACUUCGAAGUUUGGAAGUCAAGGGAGGAGCUCCUUCAAUAUUCCCUGGCGGUGCCAGGGUGCACGGUAUGAGUAGAAGACUUGCGCACAUGUGGCUAUGAGAACUCAAUCCUACUAUACGGAGUAUAGUAAGCGUAUAUAUUUGGACCUGGGAGGAUGUCACCUCGCUUACCAGAAGGGUAGCCUUGUGAUGGGUCUUCAAGAUUUGAGGUAAAAGGAAAACGAAAUUGGAAACGGUGAUAGGAGCCCUGUAACUGCUGGCUUUAGUUAAAGUGAUAUACAAGUGGAGGGUACUCCGUAAACGCCAUUGCGAUGAUUUAUAUAGGCUUCAUCAACCGGAAAAAGGAGUUCAGCAGGUGUAUGUUGAUUCUCAAAGGAUAUGAGUAAGGCUGCUAAUUGCAUGGUGGACCUCUCACUGUGAAAUGGCAGCGAUUAUCAGUAGAGAAAAGCUGAAGAAAGAGUCGAAAAGAGAGCAGCAACGAGUCCAUGUAACUACUGUACUUGCUCGGGAGGGGGGAUUUUUGCCAUUUGAAAUGUAAUAUCCAUGGAUUUCAAGACAUCUAUCCGACGACAAAUGAACCACAUUCGUUGCUUUGUGCCAGUUGCUUAUCUCGAACAACCACUUCCUGCUUCUUGCUGCAUAUAUAUAUAUGCAUCCGCCGGCGGGGUACAAGAGUCCGGUUGCGGAUUACCAUGCAAGUAAACAGACAAUGGGGACGCCCCCAAUCCACGCAGGCAGGUUUGAUUUCGUUUGUCAAACCACACACUUUUGAAGAAGAGCCCGGGAUUUUGAAUGUUGAAUUCACAUCCAUUGACUGAUUGACUGACUGAUUGAUUGAUUGAUUGUAUGGAUGUGUGAUAUGUCGAGCGGCUUUUCCUGGUAGCUAUUUCAGGCGGAGUGCUUGGGGUUUGGAAGCAUAAUUAUGUAUACUCCGUAGCAAGUUACAUGUUUAGAUCACCUAGACAACCCCUGAAUCUGGCUGCUAGGCGCUUAAAGUCGCUAACACAUCCAAUUCUGCUGGCGAGUUCCUUUGUUUUGCUUUUCCUCCUCUCCUCACAUUCUAUUCCUAAUCACAUUGAGUGCCAGUGUCUUGCUUUGUUUGGCUGACAUCUCUCUCACAAUGGCAGUCCUCUCGGAUUUGCUCCCUUCUUCCCGGGACUUGCGAGUCUUGCCUCUGUUUGCUGCCCCGCUUCCCCGCGUCUCCCCAAAAUUCGAGCCAAACGUGCACGGCCAAUCUGAUAUAGGAGGUGACAGAGUGGAAAAAUAUGAAGUCGUUAUCUCUGGGGCGGGCCCUGCAGGCUUGAUGCUUGAGCUAUUGCUGGCGCGUUACGGCCUGUCAGACUCAUCCCUCCUCUGCUUGGAUCCUAAACUGAGUUCUCUGAAGUCUGGUCAGGCAGAUGGCCUUCAGCCCCGUACUCUCGAGGUACUUAAGAGCUUGGGACUGGCCGACGAGAUCCUCACAGAAGGCUGUCAGAUGUGGCAAGUUGCCUUUUGGAAUCCUACUGCGGAUCCUGAAUUGGUAGCUAAGGGGCGACUGAUCGAGAGAACUUCGAUUGUUCCUGAUAUAUGUGUUCCGGCUCGUUUUCCCCAUGAAGUUACUAUUCAGCAAGGUCGCAUCGAGCGCAUAUUUGAAGAUAAUCUGCUUAAGUAUUCGAAACGUGGAGUCCUGAGAUCUAGCACUCUGGUGGAUGUGAAGAUAGAUGAAGAAGAGGAUCCCGAGUUUCCUGUUAUUGCGCAAAUUGACGUGGCCGGCGUACGGCGCAUUAUUCGUACAAAACAUCUCGUCGGGGCAGAUGGCGCACGCUCUACGGUUCGUAGUUGCAUGGGCCUCCGGAUGGAAGGCGACUGGACAGACCAUGUCUGGGGCGUUGUCGAUUUCGUGGCUGAUACGGAUUUCCCGGAUAUUCGACGAAGAACUGCAAUUCAUUCUCCCGUUGGAUCCGUUAUGAUUAUCCCCCGCGAACGGAUUGCCAAUGGAGACUACCUUACCCGCCUAUAUGUGCAAGUUCAGGAGGAUGUAAAGCCAGAAGAAGGUGAACGUGACGGGGACAGCAACGGGACUGCAGCUGAUGCAAAGGCUCGUCGAAGCAAGGUUACGGUAGAGAGCAUAUUCAAGCAGGUUCAAUCUGUUCUACAGCCAUAUUAUAUCAAGCCAAAAUAUGACGAGGCAGUGGACUGGUGGACGGCUUAUCAGAUUGGGCAACGGGUCGCAGACAAAUUCAUUGUGAAGGAUUCAAAAGGAAUACAAAGAGUUUUCAUCGUCGGUGACGCUUGCCACACGCAUAGUCCAAAGGCGGGACAAGGAAUGAACGUCUCAAUGAUGGAUUCCUAUAAUCUAAGUUGGAAGCUGGCCUACUAUAUUAACGGCCUUACUCCUGCUUCUGCAAAUAACCUACCAGAUCCAAUCCUUGAUACCUACCACGAAGAGCGACACACGGUCGCGCAGCAACUUAUUGAGUUUGACAAGGCCUUCUCUUCUAUGUUUUCGGGGAAGAUUGACAUAGGAGAGGGCGGAAAUGGGGGAGGUGCUAAUGGCUUAUCACAUGAGCAAUUCCUCGAGGUCUUCAAUACUGGAAAUGGUUUCACUAGUGGGUGCGGUAUUGAAUAUCCGGAGAAUGCGCUUGUCGAGAAGACCUAUUCCGGGAACCCAGUUCAGAGUAUAGACUAUCUAUCUGGCAUUCUGCGUCCAGGGCGGAGGCUCCUUAACGUACGGGUGAAGCGGCAUGCGGAUGGAUGCCCUAGAGAUCUCCAGGAUGAUUUCCCUUCCACCGCGCGUUUCCGUAUCUUACUCCUGACAUCAAACGAUUUGCUCUCCCCAACCGGCGUGUCCACCACAGCAAUCAAAAGCAUUGCAUGCACGCUCCUGACGGAUAGAUUUCCCCCUUCUAUCCUCGAGCUGGUUGCCAUUCAUCCUGAGCUUAAGCCCGACUUCCUAUGGGAUGAAGUCCCGGUCGAACUGAAGAGACAUGCAGAAAUGCGCUUCUAUGAUGGUAGCGAGUUGCAGGAUGUGUAUGCUACGUAUGGGGUGCCUGUAGAUAGGGGUGUCAUUGCAGUUGUAAGGCCUGAUGGGUAUAUCGGCGUACUUGCUGCUUUGGAUGAUGUGCAGCGGAUUGAGAAGUAUUUGGGAGCUUGUUUGCGGACUAUUUGAACAAUAGUACGUCUUGUGAGGUUCUUCUGUCAAUCUCCUCUUUUCUUUGAUUUCACGCGAGUACGUUUGAUGGCUGUCAGCCCUUCCUCCUUCGUCUUCUUACUUCCUUAAUGUAGCUGUCGCAGAUGGUGGUCCUAAACCAUAGAUACAGUCAAUAUGUCUAUCUUUUUCCAACUACAUUCAUGCCUGUGCGAAUCGUAUGUAAUGUACAGUACAUGUACAUAAAAGCAAGAACUGCCCCUACCGAGGGCAAAUUUAUUGGUGUGUGCAAGUACAGACCAGGGUUUCGAUGCUACCGAUUUACUGAGUCCGCGAGACGCAAGAAUUCGAUAAGGAAAAGCGACAAUGGCGUUAGAAACUAGUGAGUCAGGACUUUUUUACCCGAUUCAACGCUUGGUUGUGCCUGUCCAUAUCAGGAGACGCUAUCCGAAGCAUCCUCAACUUCACCAAACCAAACAAUAUCAAGAAUGAACAGAGUUCCUGUCGACUGGAUCCCCAGGGAAUAAGUACUACCGUCUACACUUUGUUUGUUCUGAUUGACCUAUGUACUAUUUCCUUGCAUACGAAGAGGAGGGGUAAUGUUUGGAAGCACCUAUUCACAGCCUGCACGUCAAACAACCAGUGAUUUCUUGAAGAGUACAAGCUGAAUACACGAGAAAUUAGCAGACUUAUGUUGCUAAUUAUAAGGUACGAGUGAG